UUUGUGUAGCUCUAUUAGGAAACGUCGUGUUAUUUAAAUACAUAAACAUUUUUGUAUUUUAUUUUAAUUGAAAUUGGAAAAUAUGGAAAAUUUAAAUGCUUUCAUAUUACCUCGCGUUUUACAAAUGGUCAACAAUACACCAGAUUUAUGUCAACCACUCGAUAAUGUAUGUGUGACCAUAAAACGUUGUUUGGCCGCGGAAACUAAUGGACCAAUUCGCUUUACAAAGGUCGAUAAGGCUGUCAAGGAGGCACUAAAAGUGGGUGAAAAUCUGGGAAUUGUCAUGCUGAAAGAAGAUAUGGUGAAAUUACCAUUUAAGAUAAAUUCUGGCGUUCCCAUGCCGCGCAUUCGAGAAGCAGUGGAGGUUUCUAAUUCGAAUCUAGAAAUAGAGGACGAUAGUUUAGAAGACGAAAAUGCGGAAGACGAAGAGGUAGAAUAUAACCCACCCGCAUCAACCAGCUCUGCCAUGCCAUCUAGACAAAUGAGAAAGCAAUCUAAAAAGACCUAUUAUAAAAUGAAGGCCGAUCCAGAGGGAGAGGAUGAAAGUGCAGAAGACGAAAGUGCGGAAGACGAAGAGUUGGACAAUGGUCUACCUGCGUCAACCAGCUUCGCCAUCUCAUCUGGACAAAGAAGCAGGAAAUCUAAAAAGCAAAAUUCUAGAAUGAAUGAUGAUCCAGAGGAUUGUUAUGGCAGAGGCACCAUGCGCCAGCGUCGUGCUGGAAGGCCAAAACGUGGUAAAAGCCAAAAUCGCAGUCGUAGUCGCAGUAGCAGACGACGUGGAUCGCGAAGAAGGCGUUCUUAAAUUUUGUUGAUGUUCAAAAUUCUAUGAAAUGUAAAAAAAAUUAUGUGACUAUUUAAAAAUUUAAAAGGGGAGAAUAUAUUUUCCCCAAGAAAAAAAAAGAUUUUCUACUUAAA